AUGGAAAAGGAAGGAAACAAUAAUUUAAUACUGGAUAUGGAAGCGAGGAUGUACGCGCCUCUACAGUGGGAAUCAUUUGCGCCAUGCAAGAUUCAAGAUCUCAAGGCAGCGCAGUACGAGGAAGCUUUGCGCUUGAUAAAACAUCACUUCUUUCGGGAGGAACCGAUGUGCCAGGCGGCUUCUUUGCAGGAAGAUUCGAAGUCCGUAAAUGAGUUCUUGAAUCUUAUAAAAACAUGGAUGAAGGACAGCACCAGUUUGGUUGCGCUCAGCUUAACAUCAGGACGUGUUAUUGGAGUCGCCGUUACGCGCAUAAACAAUGAUUCGGAUAAAACCGAUACGUACAAUCGUGUACUAAAAUUCGAGGGAAACACUCUGGAAAAUAUCAUGCGUCUGAUCAACGCCGUGAUAAAGCAAACGAACGUAUACAGGGAACUCGAAUGCGAGGCAUAUUUUCGUGUACAUCUUCUCUGCGUUCAUCCGUCUUAUCAAAAAAAAGGCAUUGGUAUGUCUCUUCUGACAACAUGUGUUCAAGUUGCUUCUACGCUGAAAAUGUCAGCGAUCGGCGGUGUAUUUACAUCGGGCCUCAGUCAAUCGUUGGCGACGAAAGUCGGUUUCAGCCUCAUCUCGGAAAUUCGCUACAGCCGUUGGGUGGUCAAUGACAACGUCGUAUUCGACGACCCGGGCAAAGGAAAUUAUUCGGCCGCUUUCAUGGGAAUGAUAAUUUCUUCGCAAGAGUCUAUUCACGAAUCCUAA